UGUGCCACUCUACGGUGCCACCCCUUCAUCGGCAAAGUUGACUCAACAAACUGUAAGAGGACACCAGGCAAGCUUUGCUCUACAGUCUGAGGCCACAAAUAUCUGCAGCUGAAGCCUGAAAGCGUCGCUCCAGAAGUUUUGACUUUAAAGAAAGAAGAAAGAAGAAAGAGCCAGUUACCGUCAGCAUGAUCUGCUUGAGGAUCGGUGUGCUUCUUAUUCUUGUUGCUGGGACAUUAACACAAGACGGAUUCGACCUGUCUGAUGCUCUGGAUGAUCUGGCUCCACCACCAACACCUGCAAAGCCCAAAGAGCAGCCCAAGGCUCCCGAGAAACCCAAAACCAACGGGGGGCUGGACCUCUCCGAUGCGUUUGGACCAGAUGAGCCAGCUCCGACUAAAAAACCCAAGAAGCCGAGUUCUGGAGAUUCUGGGCUCGAUCUGGAGGACGCUCUGGGUCCAGACCCCAACCCCAAACCGGACAAACCUGCAGUGCAGCCCGCGGACCCCGCAAAGCCCCGAGGUGGAGGAUCGUUUGGAGACUCUGAUUUGUUGGAUGUCAGUGGCGGAGACUACAAACCUGAUGGAGGACGAGGGCGAGCGGGGGACCCCGGCUACGACUCUCAGGGCGGUGCUGGCGAUCAACCUCAAGAAGCUGAUGCCGGGACGGUUGCGGGCAUCGCCAGCGCUAUUGGAGUGGCGCUGCUCGGAGCGGCGUCCAGUUACUUUGCUUACCAGAAGAAGAAGCUCUGCUUCAAGAUACAAGGAGGUGCGGAUCCAGAGAGUGGUAAAGGCCAGCAGUCUGAUCCCCAAGUUUUCAGCGAACUGCUCAGGACGUCCUAAACUCCAUCUACAUCCACCAACUCAGUGGCCUUCUCUCCAAAACUCAACUUCAUCCAACUGUCCGUCAACUGCCAUCUUCAGUCUGAAGGAUUCCUCUUUCCUGUAACACAACUUCAGCCUCACUUGAAAACUAUAAAUACCAUUAGUUGUGAAUCAUAUAUUUCAAACCAACCCCAGCCACCAGCGGAGCUUUUUAUGAUGAUUUCAACUAUUCCCCGUUCACAUGAAUUCAUUUAGGGCUGAAACUAUCGAUUAUCUUCACCGUCAUUCUCUGGAUGAAUGGAUUAGUUGUUUGUUCUCUAAAAUUGUGAAAAAUUGUGAAAAAUGUGGAUCAGUGUUUAGUAGGAGUUUUAUUCAGUCAUCAAAAAAAUACAUAUCAAACAGUAAGCAGUGACUGAAAGGAUUAGUCUGAAGCAAAAGCUUAUAUGCCUCUCCUAUGAUCUUAUCCAUUAAAUCGAUUAAAUCUACCCGCCUCAAAGGAAAAGGAAAUAAGAAACAAGAUAUAAGUAAAGAAACAAGAACAUUAUUCUCAUUUGUAACCCUCAAAAAUAGUAUUACAAACCAUUUUCUUAAAAACCAAAAAUGAGUUGCACAUUUAUUUAUUUAUAUUGGCAUUGUUCCAUAAUUUUACCCCAACAGUAGAAAUACCUAUAUUUCUUUGUUUGCUUUUUGAUAAGUAAAUUAAAAAUACCUCUCAAAUCAUAUUUACUUUCAUAUAUUGAAAAAAAA